AUGCGAUGUCCAAAGUACGACACGCAAUUGUCGAAAUCUGGGGAAAGUAAACCAAGAUAAUUACUUUGAAAAUAGCAUAAAAAGAACUUUCCACCAAUUGCUAAUGUUUUGAUGUUCUUAUAACAUAUCAGGUUACCAUGACAACACCAGGUUGUAAUGGUACAAUGGAAUUCUAAUAUAGUUAGAGAAAUGAUCACAGUUUGUUGAGAAACAAUUGGGAACUUUUCAUGUUAAUUUUUAAGGGAUAAAACAAAAAAGUCCAGAGGCUAAGAUCCAUCAAUUAAAUUAUUUUUCCAAAACAUCAAAACGAUUUUGAGCCACCUUAAGGUAGCCGUUUAGUUGUCGGAUAAAGUCACGUGUUUGUCAUGACGGUCACGAGAUUGAUAUAUUGACCAAGAUGAAAAGUAAUCGGCGAAGUCUGACGUCAACUGAUACUAAGCGCUUCUUGUUGUAAGGAAGGGAAAUCGUUGAACGCUAUUGACGAUCAGAAGGCUUCUGCUGCAACUACUGUAAAGAAAAAGAAAAAGAAAAAGAAGAAGAAGAAUAAAAGGACGGAGAAGGCAGAUGGCAAUGACGAGAGGAUUAACCAAGCAGUGAGUGGCUUAGAUGUUAGUGACCUUUACAAUAACGACUUCAUCCAGGAUUCGGAGCCAGGCGCCAUAAGCUUACAGAAUCUCCAACGACAUCUUUGACAUAUGGCUUAUCUGAGGUUUCUUAUGGUUUGUAGGUAGCCACUGAAGAAGGUCUGAAAGUAACUUUACCAGAAGAGAAGCCUUUGCCUCAUAGUGCUACAAAAGACGAUGAAGAAGCACCACACAGUAAGUUAUCCAUCCAAAUACUGCCGGAUGAUGUAUCAAUUUCGAUCUCUGAAUCCUUUCGUUUAUUUCCACGCAAACUAUGUUAGUUUAAUAGUGACAGAAUGAUUUCUUUAUUUCGGUUAGUUCCUUUUUCAGGGGAUAGUGAUGUCGACCAGAACACUUCUACUUCAAAAAGUGAAAAGAAAAAUAUAAGCCCGGAGAAGGCAGAUAGCAACGACGAGAGGAUUAACCGAACAGUGAGUGGCUUGGAUGUAAGUGACGUUAAUGAGUUAAAUUAACAGCACUAAGUAUCAGAGAAAGUCAGUCUAUUAUAUAUAGUUCACGGUCCAUUUAUGUCUGGCGAACAAAGAUUUCCAUGUUGUUCUAGUGGUUGUUUACAUCUAGUAUCUCCUCGGCCUUUGUAGUUCGCUGGUACCCAUUUAUAUCGUUCCUCGAUGUAAUGAUGUAACUUCCUUUCAAAAACCACUCCUUAGCAACUUCAUCCAGAGCUCGAACUAAUAUUUUUAUUUGGAACCCGAGCCAGGCGCUAUCAAACUAAGGAGUCUUCAACGGAAUUUUGAUAUAUGGCUUAUCUGAUAACUACUUUGUUUUGUAGGUUGCUAGUGAAGAAGGUCUAAAAAUACCUUUGCCAGAAAGAAAGCCUUCGCUAUCAAAUGUUACAAAAGACGAUGAAGCACCACACAGUGAGUUAUCCAUCUGAACACUUUCGCAUGAAGUGUCCAUUCCGAUUCCUAAAUCCUUGUGUAUUUCCAAGAAAAUAAUAUUAAUCGCACAAUGAGAAAAUAAUGUUUUAGUUUAACAAUGUAACAAGGCUUUUAAGCAGAGCUUUUCGUUAAUAGUUUGCUCCUUUUCAGGAGGUAGUGAUGCAGAUGAGUUUUCCGAUAACAAGGACCAAGUUGCUUGGACUUUAAGUGAUCGAGUCGAAGAUUGGAACCCAGAACAAAGUACGCAUUAUACAUAAUGUCGGUAUCGAUAAUUCAAUCGACCUUGAUUAUCUCUGUUACAACAGUGAAAUGCUCUCUCGUCUUGACUUGAAUUAAAUCCAUAGGGGAGACUUCAAUCGUUUUGAACUUCGGGCAUGAGAAUCGGUAAAUAUCACCUAGGGAAUAUCACCGGAUAUUCCUUAAACUCCGCAUAACACUUACUUCCUUUCAAAACGGGCGUCAUGAGCUGUACAACGCUGGAACCUGAUAUCCUAUCCGGUUUUCUGCUUGCUCACCAUGCAUGAUCACAAUCUGUAACCAGUUGCCUAAUCUCGCUGCGAAUUGAGCCUCGGUUUCACCAUCGCGUUGUUCCAUACUUCACCGGAAGAUGUGGUGCUGACAAGUCGAAUUUAUCUUCGGAAUGAAGCUACCAUUUAGGGCUUUCACUUCUUUGUCGUAAUCUUUGAUUUCACCUGUAUAUGUGGCGGUCAACGUUUCGAAUGUUUCUUGAACUUCUUCACCGGCAGAUGGAAGAGGUAAAGCUCCCCUUAGGACUUUGUUGUCAUCUUUUCAUUCGACGAUAAUCAGGCCCUUGCUGUCUGCAUACAAGGAAGAACUCUUCAUCUAUUGCUACUAUUGUCUUCUAACGUUCAAAGACUCACCUUGAAGAUUAAUUGGUUCAUUAACUGCAGUAGAUAGGUCAUCGACUUAAUUGUCGCCAUAACUCAGUUAACAGAGAUUUUAGCAAAAUCGUCUUCGCCAAAUGUCGUAUUCCAACGCCGAAUUCAAACCGAUGGAAUGGGAUUGUUACACGCAGAGAGCACACACUCGAAUCAUAUCCGUCGUACUUUCUAAAGCAUGUCGCACCUAAAUCGUUGAUAUAAGCCAUACCUUAGUGUACUUCACAAACACGAUAGUAAUGAUAAUUCAAUCGACUUUGUUUAUCUCCUUCUUAAUUGUUUCAAGUGUUUGUUACAGCAUGUUUCUGUUGUAAUCUCUAAAUUCAUGUCAUGCUCAUAUCCUUUACAACAUGUCAGAGGAUGAAAGUUUCAGUGAAAACUGAUACCACUGUGGAGUUGAUAUCAACAUACAGAAAAAAAGUCCGAUAUAUUGGAAGGCUCGAAAAGUCUCUUUCUGCCCUCCUUUCUUCUAUUUCUUCUUCUAGUCAACAAAGGAGUGAUCCAAAUUUGUUUCGAAAAUAAUUUUGAAAAGAAAGGGGUUCUGGUAGAUAACCGAAACUAAGUCCAAAUUUGCAUAUCAUAUUUCGUUUUACGUGAAUAAAUGAAUGCUAGUUCCUUUCUAAUAACAUUUUCUCCCGAAUAUUUUAAAAUUUGUUUGUUUGUUUGUUUUUUCUUCUUUUAGGCAUUUUCGCUGAAGACGAGGCCUCUUCUACAGGCCACGAGACUGAUUGGUUUGAUUCAAGCAGUUCACACGUUAACUGGUUUUUUGAUAAUGAAUCAGGUAAGAGUGCUUAAAAAUACAGAACUUACAGUCUAUUAAAACAAGGGAAUAUAACCGAAUGUUCUCUAAACUCCCCAUAAAAUUUAUAAUUCCUUUCGAAAUGGGCGUCGUGUGUUUUGAAACGCCAGAGGACUGCAUCUUUGAGCUAAUCGGGUUUUUCCGCCGUCACAAUCCUUGAUUCUGUCUUUCUUUGGUCUUCCGAUCUUUCAAAUUAACUUUAUCCACAAAGGCAGAGACACCAUGCUGCUUAAACUAUAUAGCCUUAACCUCGCUAUCAAAUGUUACCAAAGACGAUGAAGAAGAACCACACAGUGAGUUUUCCAUCUGAACACUGUCGGAUGAUGUGUCCAUUUCGGUUCCUAAAUCCUUGUGUAUUUCCAAGAAAGUAAUGUUUGAGUUUAAUAUUUUAACGAGGCUUUUAAGCAUAGCUUUUCGUUAUUGGUUUACUCCUUUUCAGGAGGUAGUGAUGAAGAUGGCUUAACCAAUAACAAGGAUCAAGUCGCUUGGACUUUGUGUGAUCGAGUGGAAGACUGGAACCCAGAACAAAGUACGUAAUAUACAUAAUGCUGGAAAAGAUAAUUUAAUCGACCUUGUUUAUCUCUGUAACAACAGUAAAACGCUCUCUCAUCUUGAAUUAAGUCUAAAGGGGAAACUUAAAUCGUAUUGGACUUCAGGUUUGAAAAUUGGGAAAUAUCACAAAGGGAAUAUCACUGGAUAUUCCUUAAACUCCACAUAACACUUCCUUUCAAAAUGGGCGUCAUGUGCUGUUGACUGAGGAUGUGUUUUGAAACGGCAGACUGUAUCUUUACCUCGCUGCUUACUACGAACUAGGUACACACCAUAUCUUUCACCUGCCGUACGCUCAACGGCGAUUGAGCACUCUCAUGGUUAGAGCUGUCAAAUGUAAGAGCUCCAAAGUGAGGUUUUCUCCUUUUUCAAGUUAUUUUCUCCUCAGAUCUUGUGCAUUGCAACCUGAUCUCCUAUCUGGUUUUCUGCUUGGUCACCUUGAUCACAAUCUCUAACCACUUGCCUUAAUCUCGUUGCGAAUUGAGCCACGGUUUCAUGCACCAUCGCGUUUUUCCAUACUUCGGAAGAUGUGGUACUGACAAGUCGAUUUCAUCUUCUAUCUCAUCUUCUAUAGGAUGGUCAACAAAAGAGUAAUCCAAAUUUGUUUCGAAAAUAAUACUGAAAUGAAAGAGCCUCGGGUAUAUAAAAUAAUUCACUGAAACUAAGCUUCGUUUACAAUGUCGAAAUUUGCAUUUCAUAUUUUCUUUCACGUGAAUAAAUUAAUACCAGUUCCUUUGUAAUAAUAUUUUCUCCCGAAUAUUUUUAAUUUUCUUUUUUUUUUUCCUCUUUUAGGUAUUUUCGCUGAGGACGAGGCCUCUUAUUCAGACUACGAGAUCGAUUGGUUCGAUCCAGGCAGUUCACACUUUGCCUUAUCAUCUGAUCAUGAAUCACGUACGAGUGCUUUGCAUAGCUUUUCGUCAAUUAAAACAAGGGAAUAUAACCGAAUGUUCCCUAAACUCCCCACAAAAUUUAUAGUUCCUUUCAAAAUGGGCGUCGUAUGUUUUGAAACGCCAGAGGACUGCAUAUUUGAGCUAAUCGGAUUUUUCCACCGUCAUAAAACAUCAAAACUAACUUUAUCCACAAAGGCAGGAACUUUAUCGUGUGAUAAAUGAUGAAUAAUUCAUCAUUCUAGUGCUUAAUCCCGAUGAAUGACCACCUCCGUUCCUGAUGAUGCUAGCUUUAUAAUUCUUACUUUUAAUUUAACAUUAUUUUGUUCAUUAAAAUAUUGCCCCAAUGUUCACCAAGUUUGCAUCGCAUUUUUAAAAGUAAAACAUUUUGAUUGCAGAUGAAAUGGCAUUUAAUGAGCAUCCCAUGCUAAGCUUAGAUCAAGGAAUGGUAAGUACAUUUCGAGUUAAAGAUUCCAGUACUAUAGUGUUUUCUUAUACAUAAGACUUGAAGAAUCUGAGUGGUCGAGUGCAUUCAAUCAACGUAUAAUACUAUGUGAGGUUGACAUGGUAACCCAAUCAUCGCGCAGAAUGCCUAUUGUUCUCAAGACAUUUACUUGCAGUAGCGAAAAAAUUAUAGAUUCAUAAUAUCAGCGGCGAAAGGUAUUCCGGAGAGCUUUGAUUGGUCAAAGAUUAUGCGCUCAUUCCUCCUCAGGGAAUAUUGCUUGAGCUCAUUAACUUGUCAAGGCGGAGCUACGAAACAAUAGCUUAGAAAGUUAUUGUUUAUGCUAUUGUUAGAAGAAUAUCACACAUUAUGUGCGGGUUAUAACCUGGAAUAGCGUUCGAUUUUGAGACCGUUCGUUACAUAUUCAUCUAUUUCUUCAUCUUACUCAACAAACACUUUGGUUCUAUCACUACCCAUUUAGGAUUUGAUUUUCAUCGGAUAAAUCCACCUGCACAAUUUUUCUACAAUAGAAAGGACGUUAUUAGGUCUGUAAGUCACUUUGACACUUGUUUCUUCGAAACGAAAUAAAAGUCACACACGAGGCAGCCAGUAAAAGAGAGCAACUCGCGUGCCCUCAGUCUUCUCGUCGCGUUUAAGCAGAACAGCUACAGGCUGGUUGGUUCCCGUACGGAUUCUCUUUGUCUGCGUCUCACAAACCUUUAGUUUGCCUUUUUCCUUUGGGGAGAAAACGACUGCUACACAGGGUAGCAAAAAAAUAUUGUCUUACGCUAGACACGAUCUACUUCUGUCCACGCGCUUUAUAUGCAUUUGUAUUCUUUUAUCUUUACUUAGCAAAGCUGAAGUUUUCAUUGCCACACUUGUCCAAUACACCCAGUCUGACUCGAUUCAUCCUUGUUAGUUGACGAAUCGACUUAACACACACUUAAGCGUUAAAUGGGAUAAUAUACAUUCUGAUGAAUCGACACGAUUCGCACGAGUCGCCUCGACGCGUUUUUCAUUAAAUCGGUGUCGAUUCGCAUUCUUCCGUGGCCGACUUCGUAGUAGAACCCAGAAAAAAAUGAAGAAACAUUUUCUUUUAAAUCUUCCCUUAAAUGUUCCCUACCAAUAUCUAUCUCGAAAAAUAUAAUAAAAAAGAUAGGUCACCGUGCUUGUUUAGGAGAUAUAAUGGGCCAAACUUACCCUAUCUAUGCCAGUACUGGCACUAAUCAAAACUAUCACAAAAUUCCCGAACUUGAUUGGUUCUAACUAGCCCGAUUUGAGCACUUAUAGGGCAGUGUACGCGUCAUGCUUGUAAUUGGACAGUGUAAUAGGACAGGUAAAGGGACAGUUCACACGUCAUGUGUGUGUAUAAGAGGACCAGAACGCGUCAUAUGUGCACGCUGUUGUCUCGCAUUCGCUGAGUUAACUGGUUUUUUUUUUUAUGAAAACGUAUAACCGAUGUCUAGUUUCUUUCUCAAUUUUUUCAUAGUUUUGAUUAACAGGUAACAGGAAUCGUGUCGUCUAAUUAUGUCUAGAAUCAUACUCGUGAUUGACAAAUCGGACUCACGUUUGGCGAUUGUCCGAUUUUGUUUUAAAGUCACUCGUAUGAUUACAGACCGAAUUGGACUCCACUCGGUCCUAUUACUAUUAUUAAUCACGCACAUCAUUUCAUCGCUUCACGGUACAUUUUGCUGGAAGCAUGGGUUUUUAAGUAACACUAGAACAAAACUUGAUAGAUGGUAACGACAUCGACUCAAAACGUUCCUCGAGUCGUUCCUUUCAAGGUCAUAAUUUGCAUCCUCGAGUAACAGGCUUCAUGCACGCUUUUAGCUCUAUCUACUUUUCCUUUCAAAUAAAUAUGUUUUUAUUUCCCCGAUUUAAAGGGGAUGAUUUGUUCACCAAAAUUAUGCAAUAAAAAAUAUAGGUCUCCGUGCUCGUUCAAGAGCUUAAGACCAUAGUACCUUUUAACCUGAUCCCUGGAUUAAAAAACACUACCGUAUUCUUAGAAUGCGCGCGCUCUCAUUACCCUGAUUAUGCAGUUCGAAACUGAAUCACCUUAAUAUCGAUGUUUUUCAUCACAAAGUGGACUUGGCGUGCCCGCUUUUCGGCCUUAGGAGGUUCCCAUGAUUGGGAUCCACGGACAAAUCAGAUCAGGGGAGCAAACGUUUCCUGUGCAGAAAAGAAACAGCUUGAAUGUCUGCUGGUCUCCGAUAUAGGUUUCUUUAAAAAACGGCAGCCUCAUUUCUGAAGGCCACAUCUUUAAAGGAAAGAAGGUAUCUCCAUUCGUGUAAUUCGAGUCAAAUCGAGUGGAAUUCGAAAAAAUCUUGUAUCUUGUAUCUUGCAAAUCGACUUCCGAACCGCUAAGGCUGAGGCAGAUAACUCCCAUCGAGGCCUUGAUUAUUCUUGAUAUCACAAAAACCGAAUCUUAUAAUUGUUUUGUUAUACCUUGAGCGAAAAAAUGAUCACGACAACAAGUGGAACUGAUAAUUUAUUUCUAAACCUGUAAAAAUAUGCAAAUCAGCAACCAACACAAAACUCGCUAACUUGACAUGAUUAGGUCAUUCAUGAAAUGACCGUCACCUCGAGUGUCCUUGACGUGAUUAUUGUAUAAUCUGCAGCUAGAAGACGUCCCAGACGCGAAAAAUUGAAAAUUCGGUGUACGCUUUCGACCAAUCGUAAAAGAGAUAGUGAACUGAAUGCUAUCAUCCUCAACCUUCGGCUUCGGCAGAUAACUCAGACCUCGGCAUUCAUAGUCCAUGAUAUCAUGAUCAACCUCAUCCAAUAAUUGCUUAAUCAUAGCUUAAUCCCUGAUGAUGCAUAGAAUGAUAAUGCACGGGAUGGAAGUUUCUUAAGUGUCGCAUUACACUUAACGAAAUUCGAAAUUGUCAGUGUCUUUGUAGAAAAACUACGCAAGAGAAUAGUAAGCUGGCGAUAAUACUGCUCCCAAGAAACUUCUCGGAUACUCGGAAUGGUAGUAAAGGAGGUUAAACAAGAUUUAUUUAACAAAAAAAGGAGCCGAGUAGGUCUUUCAUUGUUCUUGAGAUAUUCGUCCAUAGUCUGUUUGAGGCAUAUACGAAUAACACAAUGUUACAAAACAAGAGCGCCAUAAUUGAUAUCGUUUUCAUCAAUGCGUUUUUAUUAAAGUCUCUUAUCGUUUGUUUCAAUCUUUACCAGGACACCAGUGGUGAAUUCCUCGUUAUUCUUGAUGAAUUGUUGCUAGACAUCUUCAAAGAAUCCGGUGAAGAGUUUAUGGAUGUCCAACUUUUGGAAAAAGAGGUUUUGAACAGGACAGGUUGCGAUUUUAAUACCUUACGUGAUAUUGUAAAAGAACCAGAGCUGGGAUCACACGGUGUGGAGGAUUUUAUUUUGAACGACUCCAAGUUUUUUGAGCUAGUGUGGCGUGCCCCACGGCGUGCAAUGGUGCGUCCCAACUUUACUUUCUCCCCUCAUAAGCCAGGUGAAGGAAUAGAUCUUGACCUCUCGCACUAUAACAUCUCUUCGUGUCGCGACUUCGUUGACGUGUGCUUAAAGGCAAGGAAUGCUCGUUCCAUUGUCCUCUCAUAUUGUACCAUAGGGAACGAAACUUGGCCUUUUGGAGUUCUAGAUCUUCUACUUUGGUUUUGUCCUCUUCUUAAGGAGGUAGAUCUCACGGGAUGUGAGUGUCUGCGCAGGUCCAAUUUUAUCGAGAGCCCGCGUCAUUGCAGAGUAAUUGACUACUUAAAUCCUUCGUAUAUUUUAAAUUCCGAUAAUGCUGUUGAGAAAAUUCGUAGCAUGCUCAGUCAUGAUCAUUUAUCAGUUUCAUUGCCUUCAAAUGGCUGGACUCUCCUUCACAGUGCAGUUCUGCUCGGAAGCCUAGAGUUGGUAAAAUUGUGCUUUGCACAUUACGAAUUUAUUGGUGACAAUAUCUACCUCGAAAGCGUACAUUUUCAAACGUCGCUAGAGCUUGCCAUUGCUCUCCACCGCUGCGAUAUUCUGGAGCUCUUCAAAGAGAAAAUCCACCUAUUCAAUAACAUGACUCCAUCGCUGUUCCUCAACCUCUGUUUUUUGCCACAACACGGUAUCAGAGGUUUUGACCACCCCUUGGAAAUCUUAACUUCGGACAAAGAUGCAUUGAGAAUGACUAGGAAUUUACACGUCAGUCAGGACUGCAGUCUAACAAGACUUUUGCAGACAUGUUUGAGGGAAUUAGACAUUGAAUUUAAAAAAGAAAUUUUAGAAACCCUUAUGAGGCACCUGGAAGAAUUUACGGGACCAGAUUCUCAUCCAGUCAUUCCCUGCUGCAAUGAUGAAGAAGUUUGUGAAGCAGUAAAGAUUUUGUUGAAAGAAAGUGGAUGUUCUGUUAACGGGAAAGUAGAAGGAUUUCCAUACCUCAUGCUUUCCAUGCCAAAUCUGCAACUUGCAAAAUUUUUUAUUCAGGAAGGAGUCCAAGUGGACGUAAAAGAUCAGCAUGGACAUACGUGUCUUUUUCACGCUGUAGAAAAAGCGAUAAUGAGUGACUCACUUGAGAGAUGGUGCAAGUUUAUCACUUUCUUGCUUCAAAACAAAGCAAACCCUAAUGAAAGAGACAACGUAAGUGAGACUCCCCUUUUGUACAGUUUGUCCUUCCGAUGUUCCCUGUGUUGUUUUAACUCCAGCAGUUGGCCUGAUGCUCCUCAUCCAGCAUAUAGCAAUGAUUCCGGGACUCGAGUUGUAAAAAUCUGGAGUCUUCUUUUGAAGGCUAAAGCAAGACCUAACGUCAAAGACGAAAAGGACAGGUCUCUUUUGCAUGUUCUCCUAUCCCUUUUACAAACUGGCCGUUUAGAAUCAUCCGAGGGGCUUGAGAUAGUUUGCGAUGGCAUUGCCAUCUUGCAAGAGUAUGGACUGGAAAUAAAUUCCAGGGAUACUGAAGGGAACACAGUUUUACAUUUGUGGGCAAGCCUGAUUCACGCACCAAUCAGCGAUGAAACAAUUAAAAUUGGGUCCGAAAUCGUCUCCCAUGGUGGAGCCGUCAAUUCAAGAAACGACAAAGGAGAUACGCCUUUCCACAUACUAAUGACGAACCCUUUUGUGCAAGAAGACUUGUUUGAACCAGAAUUGUGGAGCAGAAUUCUAGCCCUUGGAAUGAAUCCUUGGAUUGCAAACUGUGAUGGGAAGUGCUCCUUUGAAGUCCUUUUAGAAAACGAAUCUUUUGGAAGUGUAUUCACUCUCCUGACGGCAAUUUUCGAAGACGAUCAAAAUCGAGACAUGGCUGAGUCUGUCAAGCGUUAUAGAAAUCAGAGUGGAGACUACCUACUUCAUAUGUUAUGCGUUAUUAAUAAUGAAAGUGUCAUAGAAAUCUGUGACUAUUUGCUUGGCCAUGGAUGUGAGGUUAAUGCGCAAAACGAGUGCGGACAAACACCUCUGCAUUUGCUAUGCAACAAAAUAAGUGAGACGGACUCCUCGCUUUCCCAACAAAGAAUCAAUUUCAUUCGACUUCUUGAAAGGUACAGUGCUGACAAGACUCUCUCUGAUAUUUAUGGGAAUGCUUGCAAGGACAUGUUAUCUAAAUUCCAUAACUUUAAGAUUCGCAAAGAAAUUAAAUGGAAUCCUGAAUCCAUCGUUCAUAAAGCCAAACUGUCUGAGGUUGUGCAUGGUAAGAAUUCUCAACAAGUUGAAAAUUACCACUAUCAUACGGAGUCAAUAGGAGAAGGUACAUUUUCCUGUGUGUUUCCUGCCAUCAACAAAAUGGAUGGCCGAGAGGUAGCAUUAAAACGCCUGGAGAAAGCGAGAUUAGCGAAUAAGGGAAAUGUGCUUGAGAGAGAAGUCAAGUGCCUCUUAAAAUUGUCAAGUUGCCCGUAUGUUGUUAAUUACAUCGCUUGCACAAGAGAUUCCAACUUUGAGUACAUAGUUUUAGAGCUGAUGGAGGGUACUUUAGACAAAUAUCUCAGUUGCACUGAAGAAUGCAGUCAGGCCUCCACAAUCUGCUCACAGAUUGCCCUUGGUAUGCAGUUUUUGCAUCAGAGCAAUGUCCUCCAUCGAGAUCUGAAACCUCAAAACACUUUGUAUCGAACCAAACCACAUCUUACCGUAAAAAUCAGCGAUUUUGGACUCAGUAAAUUCCUGCAGCAAGCUAGUGAUGGCAGUAAGUCUGUAAUGCACUCAAAGGCGGGAACGCGUUGUUGGAUGGCCCCUGAGCUAUUGGCACAGAUCCAUGAAGAGCACAGUAAAGCCACCGAUAUUUACAGCUGUGGUCUUCUUUUCCAUUAUGUCAUGUCGGGAAAGAAGCAUCCUUUUAACGGCUCUGGGGGGUCAAUCAAGUCAAAUUAUCACGAAAUAGAGGAAAACAUCAAAAGGAACAAAAUGUUUCUCUUCUCCCGUCUUUCGUCGGAGGCUGUCUAUCUCGUAACGGAAAUGCUUUCUAUAGAUCGAGAAACACGACCAGCAGCAUCUUCUUUGCAUAAUAUUCCUUAUUUCUGGGAUAAUCAUAGGAAACUGGAGUUUCUCAAAUCAAUAGGAAACCAAAAUGAAUUUCAAGUGCCGAGAUCAUGCAGACACAGCUUCAGUGGAGUGGAACUGAAAUUAGAAUCAUCUUGGUCACAUCAGUCUGGUGUGACCCCCUGGCAUGAUAAGAUCAAACAUGUUUAUAAUGAUGUUAUAACCAGAUAUCCCGACCGAAAAUACGACACUGAAUCAGCUGUUGAGCUUACACGAUUUAUUCGAAAUUCGCAUAUUCACGUCUAUAAACUCUCAAAGAGAAGCCGAAGAGAUCUUUUGGAGAAUUUUAUAAUUCUCGAGCACUUUCCAUUUCUAGUAACCGAAAUUUAUAAAGCUGUAAAAGAUUAUGAUACGUGGACAAAAAGGAAAGACCUGAUGCACUUUUUCUGGAAAUAA